AGGGCGACGGACAGGCCACCUUCUUGGGAAAUGGAAUGUUACUCAGAGGUAGUGAUCCUGCUGGGAUUUCUUCACUCUGUGCUGGACUGGAAAGAGCCCUUGUGAAGCCAGAACAGGGCCUCGUGAGCUUUGAGGAGGUGGCUGUGCAUUUCACGGAAGAGGAAUGGGCCCUGCUGGAUCCGGGCCAGAGGGCCCUGCACAGGGAAGUCAUGGAGGAGACCUGCAAGAACCUGGCCUCUCUGGGUGAUUGCAGGGAGAGCAAGGAACAUGGAACGGAAAUUGAAGAGAAGUGGGGAAUCAAGUCUAUUUUUUUGAAAAGGUUAGAAGUCCGUGAUAUUCCAUUGAUAGAAGAACGAUUUCACAGGGAAGAAAAAAUAUUUCAGUGCUUGGAGGGUGAGAAGCAAUUCAGUUGCAACUCACAAGUUAAGCGACAUCAAAUAAUUCAUACAGGGGAGAAGCCCUAUGAAUGCCUAGAGUGCGGAAAGAGCUUCAAACACAGCAGCAGCCUUAAUAAACAUCAGCUAAUUCACACAGGGGAGAAGCUCUAUGAAUGCCUGGAGUGGGGAAAGAGCUUCAGUCAGAGCAGCAACCUUAAUAAACAUCAAAGCACUCACACAGGGGAGAAGCCCUAUGAAUGCCAGGAUUGCGGAAAGAGGUUCAGUCUGAGUGGUCAUCUUAAGUCGCAUCGAAUAAUUCACACAGGCGAGAAGCCCUAUGAAUGCCUGGAGUGUGGAAAGAGCUUCAAUCACAGCAGCACCCUUAAUCAACAUCAAAGAAUUCACACAGGGGAGAAGCCCUAUCAAUGCCUGGAGUGCGGAAAGAGAUUCAUUCAGAGCAGCGACCUUAAUAAACAUCAAAGAAUUCACACAGGGGAGAAGCCCUAUGAAUGCCUGGAGUGUGGAAAGAGGUUCAGUCAGAGCAAUGACCUUAAUCAACAUCAAAGAAUUCACACAGGGGAGAAGCCCUAUGAAUGCCUGGAGUGUGGAAAGAGGUUCAGUCACAGCAGCACCCUUAAUCAUCAUCAAAGAAUUCACACAGGGGAGAAGCCCUAUGAAUGCCUGGAGUUUGGAAAGAGGUUCAGUCAGAGCAAUGACCUUAAUCAACAUCAAAGAAUUCACACAGGGGAGAAGCCCUAUGAAUGCCUGGAGUGUGGAAAGAGGUUCAGUCACAGCAGCAACCUUAUUAAACAUCAAAGAAUUCACACAGGGGAGAAGCCCUAUGAAUGCCUGGAGUGUGGAAAGAGGUUCAGUCAGAGGGGUCAUCUUAAGUCGCAUCAAAUAAUUCACACGGGCGAGAAGCCCUAUGAAUGUCUGGAGUGUGGAAAGAGCUUCAAUCACAGCAGCAACUUUAAUAAACAUCAACUUAUUCACACAGGGGAGAAGCCCUAUGAAUGCCUGGAGUGCAGAAAGAGCUUCAGUCAGAGCAGCUACCUUAAUCAACAUCAAAGAAUUCACACAGGGGAGAAGCCCUAUGAAUGCCUGGAGUGUGGAAAGAACUUCAGUCAGAGGGGUCAUCUUAAGUCGCAUCGAAUAAUUCACAUGGGCGAGAAGUCCUAUGAAUGCCUGGAGUGUGGAAAGAGCUUCAGUCACAGCAGCAGCCUUAAUCAACAUCAAAGAAUUCACACAGGGGAGAAGCCCUAUGAAUGCCUGGAGUGUGGAAAGAGCUUCAGUCAGAGCAGCAACAUUAAUAAACAUCAAAGAAUUCACACAGGCGAGAAGCCCUAUGAAUGCCUGGAGUGCGGAAAGAGCUUUGCUCACAGCACACAGCUUAAGCGACAUCAAAGCACUCGCACAGAAGAGAAGCCCUGGAGUGCAGAAAGAGCUUUUCCCGGAGCAGAGACUUAAAGAGCCAUCAAAGAAUUCACACAAAGGAGAAGCCCUAAAACUGCUCAGU